UCCUAGGUAUCUCUUAAAUGCCUCGUAUCAACGUCAAUUAUGGUACACAAGACAACCUCAAACAAGUCUGGCGAACAUGCCAACGCCAUAAAGCAGCCAUUCAGAUUCAUGAAUCUGCCGCCCGAGCUGCGCGUCCAGGUCUACCUUCAUCAGUCGUCAAUAAGCCAGGGCACUCCAAGAACACCCUCAGACCACCAGUCCUUGCUCAGGUGUGCAGCCAGAUCCGUGCUGAAGUUCUGCCUAUAUAUUAUGGCGAAAACUCAUUCUACAUCAGCAUGGAUAUCGACGUAAUUGGCUACGAGGAGGACUUUUUCCCCGUCAGAGAAGAUGAUGAUAGACAGUUACACAAGUUUCUCGACAUGUGCUCGGCCAUCGUUUCUACUGGCGGCCUCAAGUUCGUCA